AGCUCCGGGUGCUCGCCGUGUCGGGGAGAUUCCCUGUCGCUGUCAGUGUCUGCUGAGCCCUUCGGGGUGGUGCCCGGUGAAAGGACGAGGAGCGAGGGCCACAAACUAAAACAGCACAAGUUUCACCUCACAGUGAGAAAGGACUUCUCGUGUUGGAUUAGGCUCCCGGGAAAGGCGUGGAGUCUCCCUCUGCGGAGACAUUCAAAACCCACUUGGAUGCUCCAGGAGGCCGUUGCUGAAAAGGGACUUCAGGGAGUGAGUGCAGGAUGACUCAGCAGGGAGCUGUUCUUCAGGGUUACAAUAAUGAACUAGUGAAAUGCAUUGAAGAUUUAUGUAUGCAGAAAGAAGAAUUGAACAAACAAAUCCAGCAAGCAGAAGAGGAAAAGAAUAAACUCCAGCAUGAAAUCCAAGUCCUCAGUGAACAGCUGGAGUGUGUAUGUGAAAACCUGGCCCAAAAAGUGGCUUCACGGAAUGAGCUUGAUAAAAUACUUGCUGAAACUGAAGCUGCUUACAUGAAGAUUUUGGAUAGCUCUAGAACUUUACUUAAUGUCCUGAAGAAGGAAGUGGGAAGCUUAAAGCAUUCACCAGAUCUGAAAAGCAAUGUAACGUGAAACAGUCAAAUGUUUGGACUCUGCAGUGCUAAAAUUCCACUAGGUGAGAAAUGUGGUCAGCCACAGAACCUUAUAGCCACAGUGUAAGCAGAGAGGGAUUUUCUUCCAGUCUUUCUGUAUGUUUUAUUAUUUUCAAAUGCACUAGAAAAUAGAUUAAAUAAAGUUGCCGUUUUGCUUUAAAAAAAUCUAAUUAAUUGAACACUACAAAAAGUAGCAGAUAGGUAGUUGAGGUAGAUGGGAGACUGUCAGUUUUGACACCAUUGUGCUUCAAGGAUUAGAAAAAAGGCUUGUUUUAUUGGUUGACUUCAAAUGGCUCCCAGUAAAUGAUUCUUUGAAAACUAGUGGAUGCAAGUCAGUGAGAUGCUACUUCUUUUCACUUUACAAAUGCUUAGGCUUUACUGCUGGCACCAAGUAGAAAUGAGCUAUUCAGCUUCCUCUAGGAGCUUGGAGUUCUGUCUGAUGCAUGCACAAAGCCCCACGUGCAGUGAUUGCCUACUUCAAUAAUAGAGGGAUAAGGUGAGAAAUCAGGAGUAAUGCAGGGCAUGGGGGCUUAAAAUUUAGCACUGUAUGUGGUUCAUGCCUCUUCUGAGGCUGUUCUUCAAAGCCUUGUUUAGAAAGGAGGUGUGCUGCAGUGAAAGUCAGGUUUGGUGCAAGUGCAGACAGCUACACUGGGAAGGCUGGACCAGUAACUCACUUGGGGGUAAAAAAAUGUGUCAGUAGCAACUAAAAGUCCUAAAAAACCGCUGGGGUCCAGUUAAAAAUACAGAGGUAAAUACAUGACCAAAGAAGAUAAUAAUCCUGGCUAAAAGCUAGAAUAGAAUGUCUGAAAGCCUUUUUAGUACCUUUUAGCUCUAUACUGAUCUGUUAAAUAAUUGUAGUAAGAUUGUGGAGUAUAAUGAACACCCUGAAAUGAUGUGAAAGAAGUACAAAUGAAAGGUGAAAGAAGAAAAUGAGAAGUGGUUUACAGCUAUCAGCCAUUCUUACAGAGGACAUCAAAAUAGAACUUAGCUUAGAGAUCAGGGAUGACAUAACAGCAUGGCAUAAAUUUCAAUUUAAUGCUGUUUUUUGUUUCUGCUGAACCUCUCUGUUCUGCAGAAAUCUCUCUCAGCAGUGUGUGUACGUGAACGUGCAUUUUGUCCCACUUAUUUGUGUGUUACAACAGUAACUUUUUAAACUGUGUCUUGUCAAAUCUUCAUUCAAUACCAAUUAAUUCAAUUGAAAGAAGUGCAGUUGAAAUCUCCUGACUUGAUAGUGGUGUGUCUGUCAGGUGCACAUACAGAGGGAAUGGAGAUAUGAAUAAUCUUGGUAAUAGCUCUUCAUCAAUAAUAGAGAGCAAAUUUUAUGUUCUUCUGGUUGCCGAGCUACAUCAGGGAUGAGUGUGACUGAGCUAAUCAGAGUUUACUUGUCUGGCAUUUCCAGGGCUUCCCUCUGGGGGAUUCCCGGUGGGCAGUGCAAAGAGAACAUUAUCUCAGGGGCUUUGCUGUUGUGGUGCUGCAGCACUCAGGAGCACCUGGUUUAUGUUGAGGGGAAACACGAAAAUUUUGUUCUCUUUAGUAGCAAAAAAGUGAUUUAUUUGACUGGACAUUUCAUGACAUUCUGUCUGCCCUUAGACUCAUAGUAAUAACUGAUUUAUAAGAAAUAGGAAGAUUCAGGAAAAGUACUACCUAAAGAGCAAGAACUUUGAGUUGCAAAUGUAAGCUGCUGCUUCUUAUUAGCUGCACUGGAACUCAAAAUUGUGAAAAGCAAUUUGUAUCAUAGAAGGCUCAUUUAUAGAGAACAGUAAAGUCAAUUGCUAGUAUUGGUCUCACACAAUAAUUACAGGUUUGUUUGCCUAGAGUAAUCAUAAAUAAUGCUUCUUGUUCUAGUGAAGCUGAUAAAACUGAAGAAGCAUUAAGAGAAGCCUUAAAAGACUAAAGAAAUCUACUUCACAGCCAUUAUUAUGUCUAGUUUGUAGCUUAUUAUGGUGUCAAAACUAAAUAACUGGAGAUGCUUGAUUUUUUUUUUUUUACUAAAAACACUAAGGGAAAAAUGUAACUGGUGACUAGUACUUAUGCACAUUCAGGGGCUUCCCAACAUUCAAACAAAAAGCUGAAAUGUUGCUAGAAUUCCAUUCAGUGAUCCCAAUCUAAAGUUUCCAUUUGAAUUCACAUUUAAAAGUGGAGAGAAAUAAUAGAUAUCUAGGGCCUGCUGUUUUUAGAAUAACUCCCUAGUGUGGCAGUCAUCCUGCACCUGCAAAGCUGCUACUCAGAACUAGUGUUUGGCAUUAUAUUCUGUAUUUACCCAAAUGAGCCCUUUUAUUGACGUGGUAACCUUUUUCACUGCUUUUCCAGACACUAGAAAUCUUGACAUGAAUAGCUUUUGUUUAACAACUUCACUUUGUUCAGAAGACAUGCAGACUUAGUUGGUCCAAGGUAUUGCUGGAAGUGAAGUGGUAAUUUGCAGAUGGCAGCAGCUCUGCAGGGAUAGCCUGAAGCAGAAAUUCUACCUGGAAUAAGGCAGGUCCUAAGUUUAAAGUAUACUUAUUCCUAACCUAAUUUUUGUAUUGAAUUUUUAUGACUCUCUGAGUUUGACCUGGUGCUUUACUGGAGUGGUUACAGUCAAAAAUUGGGUUUCUAAUCUAAACUGUUGUGUUGAGUGUUCUGUAUCUUAUUGAGUAUGUGAGGAGACAGUUUUUGAAACUCCUCUCUGUGCCCGAUUCACAGGUUUAGUGAAAUGCAUCUGGAUCAGUUGUCUAAAGUCCUGAUUUAUGUAAAGGCAACUUUACCUGGCUUCCAAAUAACAGAAGCUAAAACUGGAAGAGAUCUGAUGAUUCCCUGCUUUUAUAGCAAUGCUUCUUGAAAAUGUGCCCAGCACUUAACACACUAAUGAUCGACAGUUUUUUCAAAACAUUUGACUGUUGACUCCUUGCAAGUAAACUGAAGAGAUUUUGGCAGUUACCAAAGAAACUGCUUGUGGGUGGUAUGUUGGAGUAAAGUUAUUUUCUGUGUGGAAGUGGUUAUAGGAAGCACUGGGUGAAGUGCUUGUGCCAGCAGCCAUUCACACCCCGUUACUGCCUCUUUUCGAAGGUGCUUACCCAGCUGUUCAGGUACUUCCCACAUGCAGUUUCUGUUAAUCACCUUACAGAAAUGGAGGUGAGUGCACUGGGGGUUCACCCUGAUUUUAAGGGUAGGGAAUAAAGACAAUAUAUGGAUGUGAAGUCCUGGUUAGGAAAGACUGGAGCAUGAGGGGAUAGGAUAGAGAGGUGGAGUUUCUCCUGAUUCCUGCCUGCUCUAAGUGUACUUUACUGAGCUGCUGCCUACAGUUCUUGCUACCCAAUAAAUCAAAUUCCAGAAAUCAUCUGAGCUUCAUCUGCACUCUGGACAUUCUCCCCUUUCCUUUAAGCCCACGGAUGGUCAGCAAAAGAGGCAAUCUGUGUUUUGUUUUAUUUUUCUGUCUUUUAUUUCUUUCUGUUCCAGCGGAGGCUGUGCAAUCUGAGCCUCCUGUUUGCUGCGUAAGUGUGCUGCCAGGCUCCCACAGGAUGUUGUUUCCUGUCCUGGAUGCUCUCCUAUGAACAGUCCUCAGGGAAUUGCUCAGGUUUUAUAAAGAACCUCUAGUUCUGUGUGUGCUUGAUGUAGUCUGUAUGUCAGAUUGACCUUGGAGGGUUUAGGCAAAGGAUUGGCAGGUUUUUGGCUUUUGGCGAAUGCAAGAGAUUUGUUUCCUUGGACUAGGAAUUCUUCAGACCAGGAAGACCAGGCAUCUUCAAAUAGCCAAAGAACUGUACAUUUAAACAAUGAAGCAAGCUGUAGUCUAAGCCCAGGACCUUGGAUUGCUGUUUCAGAAUUGAGAAUCAUUUCCAUCAUGUCAUUGUCACCAUUCAGUGACAUUUCCAUCUGUACUUGGGGUACAGGUGUGUUCCACUCCAAAUCCAGUAAGUGGAUUAAGCUGAACUGGUAAUUCUGUAACAAGAACAUUCAGAAGAUUGUUAGCCAAGGGAUUAAAUGUCUACAGUUAGUUCAUCAUACAGAUGAGACUUGUGCAGAAGACCAAUAUCUGUUACUCCUUAGAUGAAUUUGCUGGUUAGGAGAGAUUUCAGUGAUAAGGUGUAGCUUGUGGCUGUUGCCUUAACUUUGAGCAGAUCCUAGACUCUUGGGGUUUUAUGCAAGAAGUAGACAAAACAGUUAUUUUUUUAUAAUUUAUUUUCUUUUUUAAUUUCUUCCUUUUCAGGAAUGAGCAAAGAAUUAUUAAUAAAUACUGUAGUGUUGAUUUACUUGUGUGUUGGUGGUUUUCUUAACAGAUGAAUAGGCAAUUUUCCUAAAAUCAGAGUGCUCUUCUAGCUUUAAUGUAUGUGUGUGUGUUUUAUAUAUAGAUGUAAAUAUUUUCUUUUUUGGGUGAAGGACAGACUGGCCUUUGAUAAAUUUGUGCACCAAUUGCUUUGUCAGUGUCUGUUAUUUUACUGGGGUGGAGUCAGGCACCAUGGCCAUUUCUUGGGGGUCUGUUCUAUGCCUUUUUUAAAUUUGGGAUGAGUUUUUUUGUUCUUUGCCCUUUAACUACUUAUAAAUCUGUCACGGAUUUCAUUAGAUGCCUCAGAGUAGUCCUUGAUGGUUGUCUGCCUCAGUUGCUUUCUGCUGAAGUUUGGUUCAGUGUGCAGCUGUAAAACCCAGCUACUUUCCCGUUAGGCAUUGAUGAAACAUGGAGGGGUUCAAGCUUGCAGAGCCACAGCUAUAUGGUCAUUCAUAGCUUAGCUUGUGGGGUUUGUGUGAAAAGUAGUGCAGUGUUGUAGUGUGUAUUGACUAAAAUAAGGUGUUAGUAGAAUUGGGGCCAGUGGAACACUUCAUUUUGUAGUGGUUUUGAAAAGCAGUUUUACAAGACCUUGUGGGGUGGAACGCUUUGCGGGGUUUUUUGCCUAUUUGUGCAAGACUAUGGAUAUGCUGCAGGAACUACUACAGAAAAUUUCUAAAUUUUAGUACAAACUUGGGUAUCUUAUUUAGCAGCACAAUGGAAAAUAACAGUAUAAAAUACAUGCAUUUUGAUCAUAGCACACCCAUUGUUUGUGACCUGAUGCAAAGCUGAUGAUAUUUGUAACUAUGCUUAAUUUGAAUGUCACAAAUGGGGAAAAUGUUGCUUUUAGAAAAGGAUUCAUCCAUAUUAGAGGAAAACAAGCACGUGUUGACAGAGAUGAUAUUCAGGAAAAGGCAUUUGAAUGAAGUCCUGGCUGUCAUGGACUGGAGGUGGGGUUGAUUGUGAUUCCACUGAUUGUGAUGGGAGCUUCUUUCUCUCACACCUCACUUCAGGGCCUGUGAAAUUCCAUGGAGUGGCUUCUCCUCUCAGCCUUGGCAGCACUCGUGUACAGAGUGUGUGUACUUGGUCCUGAAGGAUUUAGAACAGUGUUGAGUGCCCUGUUUGCUGUCUUGUGUGAAGUAGGCAUGCAGCUUCUGGCCAGCCUAAAUCAAGACCUCAGGAGUGUUAGAGACUAUAAAACAAAGAGGCUGAACAAUUUUUAACUUUUAAACGUUGAAAAAUGUUUAAAAUUAUGAAACCUGAUAGACUGGUCACAGAGCAUUUUAAAGUUAAUCUUCACAGGUGUUGCUUUUUGAGCUUCAUAUGCCUAGGUUCUCUUGUUUCAGUCAGAGCUCCCAUAAUUGGCUUGAGGUUUUCCAUUGAUAUGGGAUACAUGGGAACACUUCCAGAAAAUUAUUUACAUCAUAGCACAUGGCAAUUUAAUUUACAUUUAAAAAAAAAACAUAUAGUUGAUUUAGUUGAACAUAGCAAAAAGUAUCAUAUUUCUUUCCUAAAGGCUUUCAAAUUUCUCUGUCUGUAUUCAGAAUUAGAUCAAAGUACUUUUGUUGUUAUAUGAUUAUUAAAAAGUUGAUACAACUUGGAUACUGGUUCUGAUCAGGCAUGUCUGUCAAUUCCUGACACAAAAUCCUCUUCAUAUUCUGCAAGCUUGCACUUUUUUAAAACCUCUUUUUCCUUAUACAGUAAGAGCACUUUAGGUUGAAUUUCAGCAUGAGAGAGUUUGUUAUUUGAAUGUUUUUUUAAUGUAGUUAGUAUUCAGGGAUGAAUCAUACACUGUCAGGUGUUUAAAACAAAAAACUGGCAGUAAUUCUUAAAUGGUUUUGCAGUUGUUCAGUAACAGAAAUCCUGCUAGACAUUUGUGCUGCUCACUGCCUUGUAGUAAGUGAGAUUAAUUGCUGUAACUCGUGAUUCCAAGGUAGUUUCUGUUAAAUACUGAGUCUUCCUCAAAUGUUUUUGCUAGCAUGAGUGGAAUGGAUACUCCAUUCCAGGGAACAGGAGGUGGAAGAUGAGCUGCUUUUUAGUAGAGACCACCAUCUGCAAAGAGAGGAUCAUCCUUGUUAGCCUUGUUGUACAGCCCACUGAAGCAAGCUGAAAAAAUAAAACCCAGUCCAUGCUGUCAGUCCCAGGGAAUGUGAGACCCAAUAGCAGCCAGGUUGUCUUUGAAGGCAGGAGCUCAGGUACAGCUGGAAGCAGUGUAGCUGUUGCAGAACUGGGCUCAGUGAGGUUUGUUUUGCUCUGCCAAGAAGCACUUGGCCCUGUGGACACACUUAAGGAAUCUGAUACACUCUGGAGUCACUGGACUUGUUAGAAAAGUGUGACCUGUUCUUGAAACUGAGGGAAUCCUGCAUCUUAGUGAUACAUGACUUAAUGACAUGACUCCAUGAGAAGGAUAUUGAUUUAAAAUCCUGUACAUUUUAGUGUUUUUUCUAAGAAGCCUAAAGUCUUCUUGCUUUAGAUUCAGGUUGUUCAAGUUCAAAUACCUGUGACCAAAAAUACAGAUGCCCCCAUUCCACUGAAGCCCACAAAACCAUAAGUUGUUGGUGCUUACUGUGUAGUACACCAAGUUCUUGGUCAAAUGCAGUCUUAAUCCUUCAGCCAAGUUGCAAACUCUGUGGCUCCCCUUAGUUUAAAUGAUUUGCAUGAAGUGUUGCUUGCUCAGUUUGGAAUGUGCUUUCGGUUUUCUGUUUGUUUGUUUUUUAAUGAAGUAUUCCAUUGAGGCCUCCCGUGGCACUCUGCCAUACACAUUCAUGGUGUGCAUGUGAGAAUGUUUUCUUUGAGAAUGUCACAAGGAAACUACCUGUACUGCAGCCAUUUAACUGAAACAAAAUUUGGUUUUAUGCCAUGCUGGUUUUGUUUUUAAAAGUGUUUAGAAAUGACGCAUCUAUAAAUACAUAUAUUUAUAUAGGAUAUAUAAAGAAAUGCUUCCAAUGAACUGAUCACAUAGUACCUCACAGAGAAUGUUAAUAUCUUUAUCCCUUUGAGUGACAGUGACACUCAGUAGUAAUCUGCCCCAAAUAAGGGACAGAUCUGGGAAUGAGGCUUUGCUUUUUCAGCCUUAAUUGAAUGCUCUGACUUGGACUGGUUCCCAGGGAUUCAUGUCCUGUUUGGUGUUUUGACAUAAAUGGACAGGAUUAUGCAUUCUCAACCUGUGUGUUAGGGGUAGGGAUAGGCAUAACUGAUUAGAGGCACACUUUUUUGCUGUUGCUUCCUCCACGUUGCAUGCAGCUUGAUGAUGUUUAAAUAUGUUACUCCUUUCUCCAUAGAUAGACCCUGCAUGACAAGGCAUCCCAGCUCCUGAGCAGCCACUUUCAUGCUGCUCUUCUGGCAUGUGGUGGGUCAGAGAUGCUUUCACUAUCUUGAUAUUGUCCAGGCAUGUUCUGGCACACUCAGGAAAAUUGUUUGCAUGAUAAACAGAUUACAUUUAAUUUGACAGUGCCCCAAAAGUUAUGAUUGGAUGGGGUGACAAUAUUACAUUGCAGAGAAACAAGAGACACCUGAUGUUUCAUCCUAAUAAAAGGAUGUAGGUCAAAGCAAUGGAUGGAGGGGAAUUUUCCUGAUAUGCUAUGGGGAUUAAAGAAUAGAAGUUUAUUUUGUUUGACAUUGAGUAUAAAUAAUAUAAUCUUCUGCAGAUAAAGGUCUAUAUGAGAUGCUGUAAUUUAAUUUGUAUUAAGGCUGUGUUCAGAGUGAUGUGAGUUUGUUUCAGAAAUGUUUGCUCUGUGUUUGAGAAAAGAUUAUAACUUGAAAUUAGAAAGAGGAAAAGGAAUAGAGUGCUGGAUCUUGCAGAUAGUGAUCUCAUUGAGGAACCUGUUGUAGGUCAGCUGUGUCUUCUCCAAAGCUCUGUGAUCUGUAUUGCAAAUUAUUAAAUAUGUGCUAAGACAGAGUGGAGUAUGGCACAAUCAGGCUACUUGGAAAAAGUUAUGUCAAGGCAUUGUAUGUAUUCAGCAAUUUUCUUUGCAAUCCUGCUCUAUUUUACAACCUAAUCUAUUCCCCACUAAGAUGUGCAAGAGAUAAACAUUGCAGAUGCCUUUGUGUGCAGAGAAGGAGGAGAGGCAAUUAAAAGUCUGCAUGCUGUGAAGUCUCUGGGCAGCAGCAGUGUCUGCCCAGACCUUGACAGUGUUUUAGGGAACAGUUGCUUUUCCUGCUGCCUGGGCUGGCUGAACACAAACAGUUUUUGAACAAGGACAGUAACUCAGUUAUUUUCAUGCUGGCUGAAGUCCUGCUGGUUUGCAUAAAGGUUCCCAUUUUUAUUUACUGGUAGCAAAGUCUUGGUGACAAAGUGGUUCCUCCAGAUCAGAUGCUGUUAUAUUAGAGCACAUCAUUUCAUUUCUGACAAAGAAAGGGCAAACUUCUGAUAAUGUAGUGAAAGAACCUGGGGCAGGGCAGUAUCUGGUAUUGGCCUCCAUCAAAGACAAGGAAAAGCACAAAAGAACCAAACUGCUGGCCAUGGUCUGAAUCAAACAGGAUUGCCUCCAAGAGUAGCAGGUGAGAGGGCUUUUCUUUCUUUUAACUUGCUCCCUCCUACAUCAUUACUGGGCUGAGUGAAAAAAAAAUUUCUUUUGAAUAAUAAAAUAAUAAUAAAUGGGAUAAUUUGCUUCAAGAAAAGCUAGUUCCACAUAGGAGGCAGCUAAAGCUGCUCCAUGUGAGCUUUAUUUAUUUUUUCGUCAAAAAAUUUUCAAAAUGCAAAUUCUAAAAGCAAGCAGCCAUUGUAAGGAAAAGAGGAACAACAAAAUGUUGUGUUUGCUUGUCAUUGCAGACCUUGUAUACUUCAGUAACUUCACUCCUAUGUGCAGUUUCUUGGCUGCAAGUACUGCUUGUCCAAAACAUGGGUUUUUGGUCUCAGACUUGUUCAGUCUAAAUUUCCUUUUCUUAUUUUAGAUAAACAUAAUAACGCAGUAUACAUUUUUUAUUUAUAUUGCAUGUAUAUUGUAUAUACAUGUUAUAUAUUACUUAUGUAAGUAUGUUGUUACUUAGAUAGGUAAGGAACUUAACCUAUAACUUUUAAGAACAAUUUUUUUUCCCCAUGAUUUACAAUGCCAUGAAUUACUAAAUGUGUUACCACACUGAUGUAGCUGGAGUGAGGCUUGGUUCUCAGACAUUAAAAUGACCUUUGAACUUUGAUUAGCUGAUAAGUAUUUAUAGUUUUGGGUGUUGAAAAAGUUGGAAGCAGCCAAACAUUGGGAAGUGUAAUUUGACUUUGCAGAUUUAAAUUAGGAUUUGCAUAUUGCCUUGCAUGGAACUUAUCUUUGUUUCAAAUAACUUCUGCAUCUGGUUGUGUGGUGGGAGGGCACAGCCAAAUGUUUUAAAGAGAUAUCAAAAGCCAUAGAACCAUUGGAAUUGGAAGGAACCUCCCAGAUGGUCAAAUCCAGCCGUUAACUCAGAACCGCAAAGCCCACUACUAAACCAUGUCCCUAAGUGCCACAUCUAAGUGUCUUUUAAAUAAAUAAUAGCUGCUUGAGCUACUAGGUGCUACCUCUGCUACACUGGGAUUGUUACAUUGAGAAGCUGUGAUGUAACUUGUAGUUAAAAUAAUCUCAUUAGCAGGAGUACAAAUCCCCUUAAACUAACUACAGUAGUUGUACAGUGUCACUGGAUUUCAAAAUGUAAACUUCUGAUUCUUGUGCUGUGGCCUGUAUAAGAGCUAAGAAGGUAACAAAAAUUAAUCUUAAAGUUCUGGAAUGAGUUUUGAGAUAUUAAUUAGAAUUUAAUAGGUGCCUAAGGAUUUUAUGCCACACGACUCACUGAAAGUUAGUGGGUCUUGUGCUCUGCUUGGUGUUGCUCUGGUUUUUAAGAUUUAGGAUUCUGCAUACAUUUUCAGAGGCCUGGCUCCUGAAAGCAGGGCAUUUUCUUUGUCUUUCUUCCCCCUACCCUCUGAAGUUACACUUCUGUUUCUUGUAAAGAAAAGGCUGAAAGCGCCAAAGCAAGUAGAAAGGCUCAGAAAUGCAAAUAUAAACAAUUCUAAAUCUUUUUCAUGAUUUAACAAGAGUCUCACACUUCGUGCUUGGCCUGGUGUAUGUCUUUUUCAGUGCCUGAAGCUGGUAAUGGUCAAAGUCCUAUUGAAAAUUUCACACCAUGUUCUGCUUCAGUCAAACCAGAUGCAAUGAUGGCUCUGAGAAAGGCCCCCAUAAUCUGUGGCUGUAGGACAUAACUGCCUUUCUGUACCUGAGGUACAGAAUUUAAAUUCCUCUCAGUACCUUUAUCAACUACAUCCAGCUUUCCACAGUCAUUGUGGGUUACUCAGAACUGUCAGGGAAGCCGCUUUUAAUCCAGCCUCAGUGGGAUCUGCAGGUGUCAGGGAACAAGGUGUGUGGAAUUCUGGAGCUUCCUGGAGCAGAAGCUGGAAACCCAAUGGGAUGGCAGGGGAAGUGAGGGCUGCUGAAUCCUGGCAGAGAGAGCAGGAAGCAGCACCAAUGCAGCAGCAGCCUAUCUUCUGCCAGAAGAAAUAUUAACCUGACAUGAUGCUUCCUAGAAUCAGGAAUCUUAGGGGAACAAGCAAUUUCAGGGCUGAAAGAGGCUCCAAGGGAUCUGCAGACAUCACAAUGUGUUUAUUCCCUGUGAGUGAAUGCAGGAAAGGUGGAUGGGAAGAUGACUGAACAGAAGGGGUUUGUAGUACUUGCAGAGCCUGCUUUGGAGUCUGAAAGGCCAAAAAUAUGAUCACAACAUUUAGCUGAGGAUUGAAGAUGUGAUUUAGAAAUGGAACAGUUUGUCAGACUGAAGCUAAAGAUUGAAGUAAGUAUGCUGUAUAAAGGGUAGGGAAAAGACAUUUCAAUAAAACUGACUCUGAUCAAGAGAGAAUAAGCAACUGACAACAUCUAGAGGAAUUUUUCUGAGAGGAGAACAUCAGAAAAACAGCCAGAGUUGUAUAAUUUUCCAAUCUUUUUUGUUAAAACAUAAAUUAGUAUCUAACAUGAAGAAAAAUUUGUCACAAUAGAAAUAAUUAAAUCCUUGGCAAAAUGAACAUGAAUUUUGAUGCCAUUCCACAAUUAUUUUUGACAAAUGUUUUAAAUUUGGCCCAAACAAUAGCAAGGAGGCUUUGAGGGUGUCAUAAUAUGCAAUCUAGACUUGAAUGAUUUGUUUCAGUCAUCAUAAAGAGGGGACAAUAGAGGAAGCAUGACAAAAAUAUAGACAACAAUGAGUAGGGCUGCGCAUAAUUUUGGCUCUCCUAUUUUUAUAAUAAAUCUUUGUGGUUUGCUUAAAGCCUCAGCUCCCAGAUUCAUGUAGUAAAUAAGCUAAGAUUUCAUUACACAAAAACAAGUUUCUGAUUUCUGCAAUUGCAAAAGAAAUGCUUAUAUACAAAGCAAGAAGAGGAACCAAAAUACAUCAUUUUAAGAGACAAAAAGUAACAUCCACCUUUACUCUAAAAAAAUCCAAAGGUGUGAAGACUUGAUGCUGCUAUUAGAGCUCAGGUCAGUAUUUAUGGUGUGUUGUUUGCUCGGACAGACAUUGCAAGGCCUUGUAUCCCCUCCUUUUUCUUUCCUUAGCAACAUCCUCUCAGAGCCUGGAAAAUAACAUGCCUUUGCCCUCUGUUUUAUGUGCUUUUUCCUUCAGCAGAUGCUGCCAAGCCCAGCGUCUGAUUUCAGUCCUGAUCUGGAAUAACUCCAGGGCUGUGCAUCUCUUUCCUCCCUCCUAAGGGGGUGGUGGCAGGGAGGAGACUCAGGACCAUUGUUCUCCCUCCCCGUGUCCCUCCUGCAGCAGCAGCCAACAUUGUUCCUUUUUAUUUACUUCCCCCUCUCUGUAAACCAGCAGGGCUCGCAGCAGAGGGAUGCAGCUCUCAUUAGAGUAAUUAGGCUGAUUCAUGAGAGAGAGGCACAGUGAAGGAGAGCUUUCCUAACCCAGUGUUCCCCACGGGAGGCUGGGCACCCUCCAGCUGGGCCUCCUUGCCAGCUUGGACCUUCUCUUCCACCUUUCAUAGCAGUGAAAAUGGACAUACACAUGCAAUAAAUGCUUUUUUCCUUCACGUGAUAUUCUUCACAAGUUCUGUGUUCCACAUUAAUAUUAGAAGUCUAGUUAAAGUAA